UCCCCUGGUUCCCUCUUACGGCCAAGAGUGGCAUCUGGGUGGGCUGGAGGAAGAGAGCAAGACGCCGAGAGGAAACGCAGGGGAGGAGAGCAGAGAGCUCCCAUCGAGAGAGCAGCGAGUAGGACGCAAACGCACCGGAGAGGAGGACGCUGCUGCCUCGCUUAGGCCAUCGUGAUUGGAUCAAGAGUGAAACGCAGACUACCGGCAUGGACAUGCUCCAUCUAUAUUUCGCAUAAUGCUCGACCACUGAUGUGCAACUGAGUGUGCUGAACCCUGAACCGUGACCAGCGCAUGCUCUAUGACUGACCUCCUGUCAGCGGCUCUAACUGACUGCCAUGAUGAUGUCAGUAGACGUGACCAAUCGCAAUGGCCCCUCCGCCAAGCCUCCAACUUCCCUCAGUUUACGCUCCUCUCACAAUCAGCUCCUCAGCAGUGACGUCAUCAACCAGGGCUCUUCUACUCCGCCCAAGUGUCGCAAAAAAUACGCGCUCACAAACAUCCAGACUGCCAUGGGCCUUGGGGAGGCGGUGCCACCUUCAUCAUCACCCUCUUCAUCAUCACCUUCACAACUGUUGACCCCCAACAAUCCCAAACUGGCCAAGAACGGUGUCAACCAGCUUCGUAAAGCUGGUCAGGAUCACAAUAAAAAUACUACAGACCUCAAUGUUACCGACCUUGAUGGUAAUCCAGAAAUCAUAAGGGAAGAGCUGAGCGUUAACACUCCAGAGGAGUCUGAAGGUCACAUGGGGGAUGUUGUCGAGCUUCACCCAAACGGUAACGCUGACCCCGAGUCGGACCGAAGUUCAGAAUCAGAGAGCGGCUGCAACGUCAACAAGGACGCGGGUCUCCAACUCAAUGGCAACUCUGGAGCUAUUGUUUAUGACUUGAACAUUGAGGCGGAGCAAAGCGAUGACAUCAGCGUCCUGUCUGAGAAGGAGUUGAAGUCCCUGAUGAAGGCUGAGGACCAUGACGCGGCAGAGGAGCAUGAAGACGAUGAGAAGGAACCAUUAUUGUUAAUCAAAAGCGAGUCUCCAGUGAAUACAUCAUCCAAUUUGGAGAUCAUCUCAGACCUCCUAUCUAAGGACUCCCCUGUGCCCCCUCCACCUUUCCCACCCAGACGAGCCAGCCCAGAGGACACACCCUUACUCUCAGUGGCAUCUUGCUCCUCCUCUUCCUCAUCCUCUCCAGAGACUAAGAAAGACAGAAAGACCGGUGCAAAGACGGACUGCGCUCUGAACCGUAUCCAGAACUUGAACCCCAGCGAUGAAGAGUUGAGUUGGACCACUUUGUCCCAGGAGAGCAACUCCCCCGAGGAGACAGAUAUCUGGAAUGAACAGUCAUUCCAAACAGACCCGGACCUGCCGCCCGGAUGGAAAAAGAUCGCAGACAUGGCGGGUAACUACUACUGGCACAUUCCCACGGGUGCUACCCAGUGGGAGAAACCCGUCAGCCACCCCGCACCCUCUGGACAGACGGAGCUCCAGGCGGCAGUUGUCCACACAAGCUCCACGCCACGUAAACAGUCGCUAGGUUCACUCAGCCCCUCCCCAACUCCUGAGCAAGAGGCAUGUCAGGCCGAGGUCUUCUUCAGGGGCUCCACCCGUUCUGGGAGCACCACCUCCGACAGCUCAGUGGAGCCUCUCCACGAACACAUCCUGCCCACAUGUGGAUUUGUCAACAGCUGCUAUUUUCCUCGUUCUACAUCGCUACAGGGGAUGUCAGAUCAGGAGUGUACCCCCGAGCAUCAAGAAGACAAAGACAAGAAACACACGUGGGGUGAUUUUGGCGGAAAGAUUGAUAGUGAGGUGUGGAAGGACUUGCAAGCGGCCACGGUGAACCCUGACCCCAGUUUAAAGGAGUUUGAGGGUGCAACGCUUCGCUAUGCAUCAUUAAAGUUAAGAAACCGUCCAGCAGUGGAAGAAGACGACUCCAGCAGUGGCAACAGUGACCCACAAUCAAAGUGUUUUGCAGUCCGCUCUCUGGGAUGGGUGGAAAUGGCCGAGGAGGACUUGGCCCCUGGCAAGAGCAGCGUGGCUGUAAACAACUGCAUACGACAGCUGUCCUACUCUAAAAAUGACAUCCGAGACACAGUCGGCAUCUGGGGCGAGGGGAAGGACAUGUACCUCUUGCUGGAGAAUAAUAUGUUGAACCUGGUGGACCCGAUGGACCGCAGUGUCCUUCACUCUCAGCCAAUCGCCAGUAUCCGCGUCUGGGGUGUGGGCCGCGAUAAUGGCAGAGAGAGGGAUUUUGCAUACGUGGCACGAGAUAAAAAUACAAGGAUUCUAAAAUGUCACGUGUUCCGCUGUGACACGCCCGCCAAAGCUAUUGCCACCAGCCUCCAUGAGAUCUGCUCCCGGAUUAUGACGGAGCGAAAGAAUGCCAAAGCGAUGGCAGGAGGCUCUCUCCAUGACCGGAUUCAGGCAGGACUCGAUCUCCCUUUACAAGAAUUCCCCACACCAAAGACUGAGUUGGUUCAAAAGUUUCAGGUGCUCUACCUCGGAAUGAUGCCUGUUGCCAGACCCAUAGGCAUGGACAUUCUAAAUGGCGCAAUAAGUAGUUUAGUUGGUUCUUCCAACAAAGAGGACUGGACUCCAGUGGCCCUCAACGUGGCCGAUGCCACAGUCACCAUCAGCAAAGACGAGGAUGAAGAGGAAGUGCUGGUGGAGUGCCGUGUACGUUUCCUGUCAUUCAUGGGCGUGGGACACGACGUGCGUACAUUCGCCUUCAUCAUGGACGCCGGAGGCCACCGCUUCGACUGUCAUGUCUUCUGGUGCGAACCCAACGCCGGAAGUGUGUCUGAGGCUGUUCAGGCUGCUUGUAUGCUGCGGUAUCAGAAGUGCUUGGUGGCACGGCCGCUUUCCCAGAAGGCCUGCGGCUCGUCACCGCCGGGCGACUCUGUGUCCCGCCGGGUCUCGACCAGCGUCAAGCGUGGCGUCCUCUCCCUCAUCGACACCCUCAAACAGAAGCGACCCGUCACAGAGUUACCGCAGUGACCGGGAAAGCACCGAGCGCUACCGACUUCCCCCGGCCUUACCCUGCACCCGGUCACCAUGGUAACUAACUACCCGCAUCGCUGCAGAAAGUACCAUGGAUUCCUGUAACCAUGGUAACACAGCCCCUCCGGAGUUUGGUCCUGUUUCACCCCCCCCCCCCCCCCCCCCCCCAAAAGCAAACCCCAAGACUCAAUCAUGCUCAUCAGUGUGAGCGUAUUUUCAAUGUGAGACGGCAAAUUGUGAACAGUGUACAUAGAAGCGCCUCGCAUCCCCCUCAGGACGGGGCAAGAAAGACGCCGCGGCGUCGAUUAGCUGUCGUUAUUGCACGUGCUGCAGCAUGACCUCGCACACUCGGCCAAGCUUGUUUCCACCCACCUCGUCAGCGUUUGAUGGCGCAUCACCGAUAGACAUCAGUUCCACAUAGACAUCAUCUCGAGCACUGAAUUAUACGUCACCGCCCAUUUGGGUGUGGAAAGAGUUGGAGAGAUGCAGUUAUAGUCUGUCAUGCUAAAUAAAAUGGCAGAUUAAUUGAUGGGAUAAUCGAUUCUAAAAAUAUUUGAUAGUAGUCUGUCUGCCUCAUCCAAUAUGGCAAAAGCAAAGAUUUUUCGUAGAAACGAGUCAACCUGCUACAGGCGCUGUCUAUGUACUUAUGUCUAUGGUCUCCCCCUUGCUCUCACACCUAACAGGCCGAAGACUGUAAAAAUGCGCUGGUUAAGGAAGUAUGACCAUGAUGGCUCCAAUGAACGAGGAUGUGAAUUAAAAAAAAAAAAAAAAAACAUGCCUUCCUCGACAUGAUCCCGCAUGAAACUUCCUUUCCUAAACAAAUAUUACACUAGAGGCAAUACCAGUACACCACUGCUGCUUUUACAUACUGAAGGAGUCCGAAAAGACAGAUCGGCCAAACGGUCAAAAAACAAAACAAAAAAAACGAGCGGUGACUUGUCACCCGAAUCGUCCCCUCACAUACUCGCCACUCGGAUGAUGACGGAUGAUAGCCAUAAUGGUGGAGGACGCACGAGACUGAGUGGGGUGACAGAGAGACUGCUGCUUUUGCACCCGGCAAACGUGGGCUUGCUACUGCUGCUGGAAGACGUGCUGCUCAGUGUCAGGACCCCAGCAAUGUGCUUUUAUACUUGUUGCUGUCAUUUUAUUCAUAUUGUGAGAAGGAAAAAGAAAAAAGCAAAUCCCACUUUUUUUUUUUUAAGUGUUUUGACUUAGGCCAUGCAACACAUGCUAUGAGAAAUGAGCACAUUCUUCCCAUUGCCAUUUUUUUUGUCUGAUUGAAAUGUGAAAUGUAUGUACAUAGUCUCCAUGUAAGGUAACAUUUGCCGUUUAUUGUUGUCAUAAGCUAUUCCUUUCAUUUUGAAUGCCUUAUUUUAUUUUAUUGAUUGCCUUUUAUUUCUUUUUUUUAUUUUUAAGAACUCACCAAAUGGCCAAAGUGUAAAAUAUAACUUGUAGAUAAGAAAAUGAGGAAAGCAAAUAAUGACUUUUUGGUCACAGUUGUCAAUUAAGUUGACGCCUGAUAAGCGAUUAUCUAUGCAUUCUUUUCAUGGCAAGAUUCAUUACAAGGCCUUGCAUGCCCCAGGACGACCGAGAGAAGAUGUAUGUACUGAAUAGAAAUAUUUUUAUUUUAUUUAUUCUAUUUUAUAAAGGUAUAUACUGAUUUUAUUCAUGGAGGCUGGUGAAGUCUCACUUUGACUUAUUGUUUCAGUGCUCGCAACGCUCCAACAGGCUCCGCUUUGCAGUAAGGAAAAAAAAAAGUGCAACUAUUAACCAAGAGCUGGAAGUUCUCUGCUGGGGGAGGAGGAGGCUGCAGAGAACUCCCAGUGUCUCAAACAAUAACAACAACACACACUCCAUUUCCUGCCAAUGGAUGUGUAGGCUCCUGUUUGCUGCUCACCGAUUUGUACACAUUAUCAAUGUAACCAAUGGUGAGAAUAAACAGCAUCUUAAAAUGGA